AUGGCUACAUAUCACUUACCUGUGGAUUAUGAGGUCGAAGUUACUAGGGCCGAACGUCAAAGCACAGCUAGUAAACAUCGCAAAGCUCAGCAAAAAAGUGGAUCGAGAAACCCGAUCUUAUGUUCCGUGCCCACCUUCGUCAAAAAUGGGAAAAAGUUGUGUUCUUCGAAAGUAGGAAGUAAGUAUAUUGAGAUCCAUGGAUUGAUAAAGGAAAAAGGGGUGAAAUAUCAUCUCCCAGUCGUUAAAGCGAAAAUACCUUUGCGUGAUGAAUCGGUUGAGGAGGUAGAAGAGUUUGUUCACGCCCUAUUGACUUUGCGA